AAGACUUUGCAAUGCUUAUUAAUACAUGCAGCAGUAAUGUAGUAAGAGGAGGUCACGUAGUGUAUGCAAUGUCCAUAACGUAGCUGGAUCCAUUCUUAAAUAUUAUUUACAAACUACUAUAUAUAUUUUUAAUAUGUUUAGAACGCGGAUUUACACCAGGUCUUUGAUGAUCAUAUUCGAUUGCUUAAUAUUUUUAUCUUCUAUCAAAAUAAUUAGUGAAUUGAGAUAUUCACUAUAUAUGUAUAGCUUUAAAAUACAAAAUGGACUGUGUCAGCCAAAACCCAUCAGGUAAAUAAAGGCGAAACCAAAUCGGGGAAAAAAACCCUCUCCAAAUGUUAUCGAUGCCCUCAACAGCUGUUCUUGACGUACUCUCACAGUGCAAAACACUCAGCCACAUCAAGCAACUCCACGCCCACAUCCUCCGCACAGUAUCCGACCAUAACCGCCUCAACACCUUUCUCUUCAACCUCUCCUCUUCUUCUUCCUCAAUCAAUCUCAACUACUCACUCUCCCUCUUCUCAUCUCUCCCCUCUCCACCGCAACCCUUCCUCUUCAAUCUCCUUCUCCGGAACCUCUCUCGUUCCUCCCAACCUAGAGCCGCGAUCCUCUUCUACCAGAGGAUCAGACGCGCCGGUGGCCGUCUCGAUCGUUUCAGUUUCACUCCGAUUCUCAAAGCAGCCGCCAAAGUCUCGGCCUUGUUCGAGGGUACGGAGCUUCACGGCCUUGCGUUGAAGACAGCCGCGAUUUCCGACCCGUUUGUAAAGACUGCUGUUUUGGAUAUGUAUGCUUGUUGCGGCAGGAUUGUAGAGGCGCGCAAGGUGUUCGACGAAAUGCCCCAGAGAGAUGUUGUUACUUGGAAUACUAUGAUCGAGAGGUAUUGCCGAUGCGGGUUUUUAGAUGAAGCAUUCAAGCUUUUUGAGGAGAUGAAGUGUUGUGAUGUGAUGCCUGAUGAGAUGAUUCUCUGCAACAUUGUCUCCGCAUGUGCUCGCACUUGUAACACCAAAUAUAACAGAGCGAUUCACGAGUUUUUGAAAGAGAAUGGUGUGAGGAUGGACGCUCAUUUGCUGACGGCUCUUGUGACUAUGUACGCUGGAGCUGGGUGUAUGGAUAUAGCAAGGGAGUUUUAUACGAAGAUGCCAGUUAGAAGCUUGUUUGUUUCGACCGCCAUGGUUUCUGGGUUCUCUAAAGCUGGGAGGCUCGAGGACGCACGGGAUAUAUUCGACCAGAUGGAGAAGAAGGACUUGGUGUGCUGGACGACGAUGAUCUCAGCUUAUGCUGAGAGUGAUCAUCCUGAAGAAGCUUUAAGAGUUUUCGAGGAAAUGCGUCGCUAUGGGACAGAGCCUGAUGAAGUUGCAAUGGGGAGUGUUGUAUCAGCUUGCGCGAACCUCGGUGUUCUGGAAAAAGCGAAAUGGGUUCAUGAGUUAACGCAUCUCAACGGGUUUGAGUCCUCUUUGACAGUAAAUAAUGCUCUGGUUAACAUGUAUGCGAAAUGUGGAGGUUUGGAUGCAGCGAGAGAUGUGUUCGAGAAGAUGCCGACGAAGAAUGUAGUGUCGUGGAGCUCUAUGAUCAAUGCCUUCUCUAUGCACGGGGAAGCCAAUGACGCGCUUACCUUAUUCGCCAGAAUGAAACAGGAAAAUGUGGAGCCCAACGAUGUUACUUUUGUAGGUGUGCUAUAUGGUUGUAGUCACUCAGGGUUAGUGGAAGAAGGAAAGAAGAUCUUUGCAUCGAUGAGUGAUGAAUACAACGUUACGCCUAAGCUCGAGCAUUAUGGAUGCAUGGUGGAUCUCUUUGGACGUGCUAAUCGUUUACCAGAAGCUCUUGAGGUUAUAGAAUCAAUGCCGAUGGCGCCUAACGUAGUCAUAUGGGGAUCGUUGAUGUCAGCUUGUGGAGUUCACGGAGAGCUUGAGUUAGGCGAGUUUGCAGCCAAACACGUCCUCGAGCUGGAACCUGGUCAUGACGGGGCGCUUGUGUUAAUGUCGAAUAUCUACGCGAGAGAAGAGAGAUGGGACGAUGUGAGGAGCGUAAGACGAGGGAUGGAGGUGAAGAAUGUGUUCAAGGAGAGAGGUGUUAGCCGGAUUGACGUAAACGGGGAAUCACACGAGUUUCUCAUUGGUGACAAAAGGCAUAAGCAAUCAGAUGAGAUUUAUGCAAAGCUAAAAGAGGUUGUAAGUGAACUGAAGCUAGCGGGUUGUGUUCCAGACUGUGGUAGUGUUUUGGUGGAUGUAUAGGAGAAAGAAAAAGAAGGGUUUUGGAUUCGAUGUCGUUGCAAAAGGCUUCGCGCUCUGGUUCGGUUUGAUGAAUGAGAGGGAACGGUUGUCACACGUUCUUCAAGAUGGUCGCCUCUAAAGUGUAUGAAAGGGAGAUCAUAAUGAGAGAUCGAAGUAGGUUUCACGCCUUCUUGCAGAGAAUACUGGUAAUGGGCAAAAAUCUCAUAAGUUCUCUGUUCUAUUUGGAACAAAACAAUAUGUUAAUUUCUUUUGUGUAUAUAAUUCUAGAAAUUUUGCACUAGAUAGCAAAGAUACAACACAAAUAGUAAGGUAAUUGGUUGGGACAUAGGAAUUGUAUUUAGCUUUAAUUCUUAUCUACAAGUAUAAUGAUUUAUAAUUUUUUCUUUAAAGCUAAGAAAUGGUUGUAGCAUUUUUAUUUUCUUAAGUAUUAUUUAAUAAAUUGUAAGAACAAUAUACUGUUGUAUGAAUUCUUUUUCCUUCA